AUGAAGACGGGCGAGUCUCUUCUUUCCCCCACCCAGCACCAGGCUUCCCGGAGAGGGCAGCGCACCCCGCCCAGCCCUGCGCAGGCAGCUGCCUGCAGCCCACGGGAAAAUGAGAAACCCUUCACACGCAGAGCAAGCCAGGCAGGUGAGCCGGUACUUCUCGCAGGUGGCCGAGCAGACUGUGGCGGCCGGGUUCUGCAGCCCCGGUAUCGCUUCCUAAAAUCAGUAGCGGUUUCCUUCAUGCUUUCGCUUGCCGAGCUGCAGUCGCUAAGAGACACUGCUUUGCUUCUCCUUUCUUUGGGCAGGUACGCAUCUCUCUGGAAAGGAUGCCUGACGCUUUACACAGGGCGAGGAGGCGAGCUGCAUAAAAUUGGGGAGUUCUGCAUGGUAUACUCAGAAGUGCCAAACUUCAGUGAGCCCAACUCAGAACACGUCGGGCAGAACAAACUGGCACAGGGUGAACAGAAUAAUAGUUCUGCAUCGAGUAAUAUGAGUUCUUGUACUUUUGGGCCACUGGGAAAUGGUUUACAAACUGGACCCGAAUCAAGUGGAUUUCCAUUUACGUAUAAUCACGGCCACACUUAUGCAGGUUGUGGGAGAGGCAAUGGACGAGGACCUGUAAAUCCAGCACCAGCUAAUAGCGUUCAGCCUCUUCUCCCUCCUGUCAGUAAUGGGAGGGACCCACGCAGAGCCUUUAAAAGAUGACUAUGCCAAAUGUGGUUGUACAGCUUGCUUAAACUCUACACUCUACUUGAACACUUAUUGCACUUUUAUUUAUAGUUAACUGUGAACCAGUUUGUCCUUUAUUGUUGUUUUUUUUUUACCUUUUGGUCUAUGGAGCAAACUUGAUGUGAUCUAUUUCUUGGUUUGCUUAGGGAAGCACAGUGAGUCUUUCCCAUAAAUUAAGGGGGUAAGGGGAGAAGGUGGAUAUAAGAAAGUAAGGGUAACGGUUUGAAGAGUCUCAGUUAAAACUCGGUACCCUUUGCUAAAUGGAAGAAAAUUUCAGUUACAUGUAUGUAUUUUUCUGUUCCUGUUGGUCAGCCAUAUAGCCUUAAAAGGUCUAUUACGUCCUGUGUGCACAUACGUUGACUUCCAUUAGGGUUAAUGGGAGUUCUUCGUAUUGGAAGAGAAAU